AUGCUGCUACAUAAUAUUCUGGUCUGGUUAGUAUUUUCCCUCAGUCCGAUAUGGGCAGUAGAUCUCCAAGUAGGUGAUAAAGAUUCGGUAUGUUCUGCUACUGCGUUAAUCCAACAAGGUAUGUUAGACUACUAUGCAGGUGAUAAAUAUGGUGGUGCAAUUGGUAUGUUUCAACCACCGUACUAUUGGUGGCAAGCAGGUGAAGCAUUUGGUGGGAUGAUAGACAAUUGGCAUUUUUGUAAGAAUAAUACCUUUGAGGAGUUGAUACGGGAAGCUAUGUUGACCCAAGCAGGUCCUCACUACGAUUAUAUGCCUCAGAACCAAACUAUGGUGGAAGGUAACGAUGAUCAAGGUGUUUGGGGGCUUACGGUUAUGGAAGCUGUCGAGAGAAAUUUUACAGAUCCUGGUGAUGGUAAACCUGGUUGGUUAGCAAUGGCACAGGCAGUUUUCAAUGAAAUUAACGAACGUUGGGACGACAAAUCAUGUGCUGGUGGUGUUCGUUGGCAAAUCUUUACAUGGAAUAGUGGUUAUAACUAUAAGAAUACAAUUUCUAACGGGUGUUACUUCCAAUUAGCAGCAAGAUUGGGACGUUAUACAAAUAAUCAAACUUACUUAGAAGUUGCUGAAAAAGUGUUUGAUUGGUUAACUGACGUUGGGUUCGUGGUUUUGAAGGAUAAAGGUAAUGUUUUUGAUGGUGCAGUGACUGAUGAUAAUUGUACCCAAGUGACCGAAUUGGAAUGGACUUAUAAUCAUGGUAUUAUUCUUGGUGGAUCAGCUUACAUGUAUAACGCUACCAAUGGGUCAAGUAAGUGGGAAGAACGUGUAAAUCAAAUUCUUAACGGUGCAUCUGACUACUUCUUCCAAGACAAUGUCAUGUAUGAAAGUGGUUGUCAACAUGGUGAUAGUUCGAACUGUAAUAACGAUCAGAGGUCCUUUAAAAGUAUUUUUUCAAGAAUGCUCGGAUUAACAAGUGUCUUAGUGCCAUCAGUUAGUGAUAAGGUGGAUCAGUUGUUAAAUGCCAGCGCCGAAGGAGCGGCCAAAUCUUGUAGUGGUGGUAUUGACGGUCAUACAUGUGGGUUGAAUUGGUUUAAAGGGUCUUGGGACAACCAAUACGGUCUUGGUGAACAGAUGAGUGCGCUAGAAGUUAUUCAAAACACUUUGAUUCACAAUUCAGAUCCACCUUACAGAGAAAGUACUGGUGGUUCCUCCAAGGGUGAUUCCGCCGCUGGUCUAAAUACUACAACUACAAAUGUACUGCAAAAGAAACUCAAAAUCCAGAGUAAAGAUCGUGCAGGUGCUGCAAUCAUUACGGGUGUCGUUCUAAUGGUCGUUGUUGGAGGAUCCGUAUGGAUGUUAUUUUAA